CCGGCUCCGCGCUCUUCCCCCUCGGCGGCCCGGCGCUGCGCCGCCUCCCGCCCGGCGGGCUGUCCCCGCAGUGCUCCGGGAUCCGGCGAGCCUUCGGGGCGCGCCUCGCUGCUGCUGGUUGAGUCUACCGCGAUAAUAAAUGAUAGAGGAUACAAUGACUUUGCUGUCUCUGCUGGGUCGCAUCAUGCGCUACUUCUUGCUGAGACCCGAGACGCUCUUCCUGCUGUGCAUCAGCUUGGCGCUGUGGAGUUACUUCUUCCACACGGACGAGGUGAAGACCAUCGUCAAGUCCAGCCGGGACGCGGUGAAGAUGGUGAAGGGCAAGGUGGCCGAGAUCAUGCAGAAUGACCGGCUGGGGGGGCUCGACGUGCUGGAGGCCGAGUUCUCCAAGACCUGGGAGUUCAAGAGCCACAACGUGGCGGUGUAUUCCAUCCAGGGCCGGAGGGACCACAUGGAGGACCGCUUCGAAGUUCUUACUGACCUCGUCAACAAGACGCACCCAUCUAUCUUUGGCAUCUUCGACGGGCAUGGGGGCGAGACUGCAGCUGAAUAUGUAAAAUCUCGACUCCCAGAAGCCCUUAAACAGCAUCUUCAGGACUACGAGAAAGACAAAGAAAACAGUGUGUUGUCUUACCAGACCAUCCUUGAACAGCAGAUUCUGUCAAUUGACCGAGAAAUGCUAGAAAAAUUGACGGUAUCCUAUGAUGAAGCAGGUACAACGUGUUUGAUCGCCCUUCUCUCAGACAAAGACCUGACCGUGGCCAAUGUGGGCGACUCUCGGGGAGUCCUAUGUGACAAGGAUGGGAACGCCAUUCCUUUAUCUCAUGAUCACAAGCCUUACCAACUGAAGGAAAGAAAGCGGAUAAAGAAAGCUGGUGGUUUCAUCAGUUUCAACGGCUCCUGGAGAGUCCAAGGAAUCCUGGCCAUGUCUCGGUCCCUGGGGGAUUAUCCACUGAAAAAUCUCAAUGUGGUCAUCCCAGACCCAGAUAUCCUAACCUUUGACCUGGACAAGCUCCAGCCUGAGUUCAUGAUCUUGGCAUCAGAUGGCCUCUGGGAUGCUUUCAGCAACGAGGAAGCUGUUCGAUUCAUCAAGGAGCGUUUGGAUGAACCUCACUUUGGAGCCAAGAGCAUAGUUUUACAGUCGUUUUAUAGAGGCUGCCCCGACAACAUAACGGUCAUGGUGGUGAAAUUCAGGAAUAGCAGCAAAACAGAAGAGCAGUAAACCCUUCGGGCUUCAGCUGCCUUAGGUUAAAGGACUUUCAACCCACUGAUGUCCCGUAAGGUAGUGAAACAAGCGAGAGUUACCAGUUAGGAUCAUUCGUCCCAACACGGGACUCCUCUUCCCCGAUGGUUUUAGGUAGAUACCCGGCGAGGAACGGAGUACUCCUGGUCAUUGUAGCCGAGAGGCUGCAAAAUGGUUUCUUCGUGUUUUCCCAACUCUUUCAUUCAAUGUUCAAAAUAGAUAGAUAAUAUAGCUGUAGACUCAUAUGUACGAGGUGAACCACAUAUGUGCCAUAUAUUCUCCCUGUUAAGAUUCUUUGCAAGAUCCCGUAAGGACAGGCUCUGCGAGCUGCAGGAGAUAGACCACAGAGCCAGGGCGAUGAGACAGCACCCGGUGCCAAGUGGCACAGCUGUCCCGAGAAUGCUUUGUCCUCCUGAGCUCAGGUUUCUGCUCAGCAGCCGCCCAGAAAUAGAUCCGGAAUGGUUCAGUAUUCUGUGACUGCUCUGGAAACCCAAGGGAAGGAGAGGAUGGCGUCCGUCGCCAUAGCAGAGACAACCUCUUCCCCCUCUCACCCUUUCUGAGUUCAAUCGACUUUGUGUCCCACCUCGCCUGUCUUCAUGCUUUUGUCCUGAUCAUGCGUGACUUUGAUCUGUUUUUUGCUUACACCUUACUUUACACAAUUAACAGCUGUUAGACUUCACCAUCAGAUAUCACAGUUUGAUUUUUUUUUUUUUGACCUGAUACUACCAAGAAAUCUACUUGGGGAAGUGAAUUAAGUUUUAAGUCCUUGCAUGCUCGGGGUAGAUGGAGGAAAGGAAUGGCUGAGUAAGUCACAAUACCCUCUGACUUCCCAAGUGUGCCCUUUGCACUGGGCAAAGGAAGUGCUGGAAUGACGACCCUGAAUUAGACUCCAGCUGCCCAGUUUGGUUAUUUUUAAGCAGUUGUCUUUUUCCCUUUCCUGUCCGAGUAGUUCUCAAGUAUCUUUCAAGCAGUGUUCCAAGAAGCAACAGCCUGGAACUGCAUGGCUUCCUUGAGGUUAAGUACAGUUCCCAACCAACCCCAGCCACAGAUCAGUGCUUAACGAGAGACCGCUGGAUGUGCUUGACAAGAAGGGAGUCAACAGCCCUUAAUAUUUCAAAUCACCAUCCACACAGGGGACUUUUCCCAGGGUAAAAAAAAAAAAUUAAAGCAGAAUGCCUAGACAAUCCUCCUUUUCACUAGUAACAAAGCUGCUUGGGAACGUUUAUUCAAAUCUGUAUUGUUAAAUGGUUCAGAGUUAAAUUAUAAGACCAGGCUUGCUGUUCUCCAUUUCCGAAUCACCAAAGUUGUUGCUAAUCUCAGUAUUUUAUAACUUAAUUUACAAGAAAGUACUGUGUCAUUCCUAGUUUGCCUAGGCAAAGUAGUUCAAGCCACAUAGCAAGAUUGUUGUUAUACCCCCCACCCCUCUUAUGUCUCAAAUGCAUUGGGGGGUGGGGUGGGGGAAAGGUCCUACCUGUUUUUGUUCUUUCUGAAUGGACCCUAACAUCACAGCUUCUCGUCAGCACCCCUUUCUACCUGACCACUGACCACCUUCUGCCCACAGUGCCCCUCCCCUGGGCCUCCCUAACUAUGGAACUUUCCUCCAAGCAACUUCCAGAGGAGAACUUGGAAGCAUGGAAAGAUUUCCUUCUGGCCGUCAAGGAACGUUCCAAAUCCAUCAGGACUCACUUUUCUUUAUCUGUAAUGAGAAAUAAUAAUGGGAUCCCAAGUCAUUUGCUUACUUUUGUAAAUUCGAACAUCAUUUCUAAUUGGAUUUCCUGAGUUAUUGUUCUAUUAGCCAGAGUCCUAGUACAAAAUGCCUGACACUGUUUUCAGAUUAGGUGGCACUAAACAAUGAGAUUUGUACAGCAGAGGUGGGGGCCACAGGGGGGAUGCAGGAAACAUGCUAGUUGUUCAGUGACAGAAUGGUCGGAGGUGACCCAAGUCCGCUUAGAGAUUUAGGACGUUGUGACUGGAGAAUUACCAAAGGCUGCCUAAAGGUCAGAUAGAAGCUUUUUUGGUACAGUCUUUCCUUUUUUAACAAUCCCCAAAUACAUAAUAACUAUGGGGGGGGUAUUUUUAAAUUUCAUGAUCAUUAUUGGCUAAAAUGAAAAACAGAAGCUUCUUGGUGAAGAUGGAAAUGAAAAGCUAUUAAAUAAGUAAAUUAAUGUUCAUUUAUUGUAAUUUUUUAAUUUUCUGUAGAAUGUCUAAAGAGAUAAUGCUGAGAGCAUGAUUUUCCCUGUAAGUGAAGUUUUACAAUGUACUCUCAGUUCCCUCACUUGGUAGAAUUAAUUUAUUUCUGACCUUAAUCAGACAGUAUGUCUAUUUCUUGUUCCUUAUCACCUUGCACUUAGUAUAUGUUUCUUGUUCCUUCUAUCCUUUCAUUGUGACUCAGAUUUUUAGAAGAUGGAAAACUAGGAGCAAUUAGAUGCAAACUAUAUCUAAAUCAAGAGCACCUUUCCCCCACUUGAGCGCUCUCUCUCUCUCUCUCUCUCUCUCUCCCCCCUGCCUCUCUUCAGGUUGUUGGGGUCUGCAGACAUCAGCCCCUGGGGUGCCCUGUGGCUGACCACCUGAACACAUUUUCUAAGGACAGGGAACGUUAAAUCCCACCACUAGGACACUGAUUUUCGAAGUCUGCAUGUGACGCUUCCAGAAACAGCACUGCCAAAGCUUUGGAAUGUCACCCAGGGCUGCCACCUCCCUAGCCCAAGUUCGAAUUGCCAAUAGCCCCCAGGGUGCCAAUUUUGAGAUGGCUGUCAUUUAGAAAUAAAGCUGUGAAGAAUGACUGCAUGCUUAUGAGCCCGACAGGAUGCCAAGCCAGUCCUCAUCACCGCACUGCGCUGCUGGCUGCCCCACUGGCAGUUUGUACCCUUAAAAUGGGUUGGGACAAGAGGGCAGGGAGACUGCAGGAAAACUUUUUAUUUAAAUAUAUUUUCAGUUUGCUGAUUAGACAGGGGGAAAUGAUACUUCUACAGAAACUUUCAAUGCUUAUUCCUAAGACUUAUUUAUAUACAACACAUAUUUUAUAUGACCAACUUGCCCAGGGAACUGAUGUAGACGUCACUGUCCUAAUAAACAUGAUUGUAUUAUCAUACAGCCCCAUAGCCAGUGGCUAUAUUCGAUUCCUUGGUAGAGAUCGAAGGCACUGGCCCCAUGAAUGUGCAAUAAAGAGUAUCAGAGUAUUUUAUACUGUCUAGAACAUAUUCAAGCUGGGUAAUUUAAAACAGGCCUUAUAUCUUGGAGGCAUAAUGAUACUGACCCACAUACAUUUUGCAGAGUCAGGACUGUUGAUGAGCGAUGGCAACAUUUCAAUCCUUGCGAAAGUGGUUCCAGGAAAUUUAUUACACUGUUAGAUUGGAUCACUAGGGUAUCUGGCAGUGCACUGGGAAUGAUCACUUCUUCCUCUGCCAGAUCUGCGUACCUUGAUUUUUCCCCCAAGGUGCCAGAUCUAACUUUCUUGCAGUAGUGUUCAUGUAAAAGGGUUAGAAAGAGAAGCAUUUCCUUGUACAUUUGAAAGUAAAGACAUACAUACUUUAAAGUAUAUAUAAAGGAAAAUAAGGAUAAAGAUUAUUUUUAAAUGAAUUUGGAACUUCUUUCCUCCUUUUGAUCCAUUAGAUUGCUCUUCCUUUAAUGUUUCCCCCAAAUUGCCUUAGUUCAUAACACCAGCAUUCCUAACCAGCUCUGUAGAAAUGACUGGAUUGUUAGAUAACAUGAUAGGACCUGUUUAAUUGCAUCUGGAUUCAGUUGCUAAUUUCUAGAUUUUGUUAGCCAACUAGCUGAAUACUGCAAAAAUUAUAGAAGCCAGUGUACCCCAAAGUAUGUCCUGCAGAAUGCGGUAUGGUUCAAGAUGACCACCAGCAGAACACAUUUUGAAGAUGUUCGGGUCGAUCAUUGUAUGCUAAAAUGUAAGCAUGAAAGUUUUAGUCUGUAACUGUACCUCACGGUGAUUCAUUUAAAAAAAAGGGGGGGGGAAAGAAACAGGGCUCUAGGGACCUGGAGAAAUAGUACAGUGGAUAAGGCUUGCCUUGCACAUAGCAUACCCAGGUUUGAUCCCCAGCAUUACAUAUGGUCACCGGAGCCCAAACAGGAGUCUCUCCUGAGCCCAGAGACAGGAGCAGUCCCUGAGCACUGCCAGGUGUGGACCCAACCCCUCCCCACCAAGAAGAAAAAGAAAAAAAAAUUUUUUUAAAGAGACUCCAGAGUCAAAUGACUUUGGAGAAAUAUAAAUGCUAUCUUAGAAAGUCACUGCAUAUACUCACACAAAAAUUUUCAAUUUAAACAUCCUUCAGAGGUAGGGAGACAAGUGGGUGAGAAGAACAUACCGCAUAUGUAAUUUCAGUUAGCAAAGGGCUUUCCGAAUAACUAUGACCACAGGAACAAAUCAAUGGAAAUAACCAUGAAUUAUAACAUUGAGUCUCAGGUGUGCAUUACUGGAACAUGUACAUGAAAAUUAUAUGUGUGUGCAUAUGUAUAUGUAUAUAUUAGAUUUCCUCCUAAAGUGGUAUAUAUGUAGAUAGUGGUCCACUGCGCCCUGAUUUGUCUACCCCACUCUCCCACUCCCUUCUAACAGAAACUGGUUUUAUAGUCUAAAAGUUUAUUUUGGUUUAUUUUUUUUCUAUUUACCCCUUAUGAGUGAAGUCUUACAAUGUUUUUGUCUGGCUUACUUCUCCAAGAAUACCCUCUAGAUCCCAUCUAUAUUGUUGCAAGUGGCAAGAUUUUUGUUUAUUUUUAUAGCUGAAUUGUGUAUAAACCACUUUACUCAUCCAUACAUUAGUCAGCUGGCACAUGUUCAGAAAUUCUUUUGUGUAACACUAGUGAGCUCUGCUUUAGGAAAUUUUGGUAUAUGGAAAAUAUUGCUGCUUUCUCAUUCACUAUGGCUUAGUAGGAGUACAGCUUGCCACUUAGAAGCAUGCAUCCUUUCAAGAGGCUAAUUUGUUAGCAGCAUUUUUAAGACGUGGUAUGGUUCAAGAUGACCACCAGCAGUCUAAUAAUGAUAGCAAAAGCCCAACAAUCCCUUUUCAAGCUCUAAGCAUUAUUUCCCUUCUUUGAUGUGAGUGACAUGAGCUUUGUGCCUUGUCAUGGCUAGACAGGUUUUCAGGUUCAUUCUUAGUUUUAGUUUGCAUUUUUGAAGUGACCUUUGCUUUCAGGUGGAAUCAAAAUUAAUAUUUUUAUGUUUCAGUACGGUACUAAAAUAUUUUAAAUAAUAGAAAAGUAUAUAAAGGUAUGUUUAAUUUUAAUUCAUUUUAACUAUAUUUCUUAAUUUAAAACUUUAAUAAAAGCAGAAAGUUUUAACUAAACUUCAUUCAUGCCAUAGUGGUACUCAUGGUAUAAUGGAAAAGUAGCACUGUAGCACUGUUGUCCCAUUGCUCAUCGAUUUGCUCAAGCGGGCACCAGUAGCAUCUCCACUGUGAGACUUGUUAAUGUUUUCGGCAUAUCGAAUACUUAUUUACUCUUACCCUGUCCUUUCCAGAAUCUUUGAAACUCUCACAAAUCCCCAAAUUUCUAUCUUGUAUAAUCCCACCUUUCAUAUUUUAUGUAUAAAAUUGUUUAGCAAGUUGUCUAUUCCUUAAGAGGCAAGGCUUGACUUAAUUCCAUCACUGUUAAUAUGAGCCUGUAUUGUAUUUGUGAAGGUCUGAAGAUAAUCCCAAAUUAGUCAAUGAAAUUAAAAUUUGCCAAAUGAAAAUUAAUCUCAAAAAUUUCCCCAAACUGAGGGCUAGAGAGAUAGGUCAACUGGUAGGGCACUUGUCUUGCAUGUAGCCAACCUGGGUUCAAUCCAGGAGUCCCAUAUGGUCCCCUGGGCACUUCCAGAAGUCAUUCCUGAACACAGAAUCAGGAGUAAGCUCUAAGCAUUGCCAGGUGUGACCCAAAGACAAAAAAAAUUAAAAAUUAAUUUUCCCAAAACUCCCAUAGCAAAUUGCAACUGAUGCAGGACUAGAAGCACAGAACAGUCACUCACUGCCUCUUCAGGGGUUACACAUUCAUCACCUUUUAUCACAAAGAAAAUAAAAUUAUAUACAAUAUCAUGUUUUAUCACAACAUAUUUCUGUAUUAGGCAAGAAUAAUUUAAAAUGUUUGUGUGAAGCAAAGAGAAAUAAAAGUCCAAGAGAUUAGGAUGGGGACAUUUAAGGACAUCUAGAAAUCAAAAACAUAAACAACAGACUAUUUGAUUAUCAGACAAGAGUAGAUUGUAUUUAACAGUGGUUUCUGAACCUAUAUAUAGAACAGUAUAAGGCAGUGUUACACUGUUGGUCAAUUCAAAGCUUCCCUCUAGAAUAUUGGCUAAUGCUUUACUUGUGUGUUAUGAAGACAGAUUUUUUUUGUGAAGACUGAUUUUAAAGCUGCCCUCUUUAAAAAUAAGACAUGGCACAGGCAGAAUCAGGUUUAUCUAAAAUAGUUGGAGGCAGAGGCUGUAAUUUAGUGAGAGAUUUAAAAUCUAUUUUGCAAUGCCUUAACAAAGUAAGCCAGUAAAAAAAAAAAACACACAGUUAAGAAAUUUUAGUGAGUUUCCAACCCAGAUUCCACCCAUGGCAUCCCAUACGGUCUCCUAAACCCGCCAGGAGUGAUAUCUGAAUGCAGAGCCAGGAGUAAGUCCUGAGCACUGCUGAUUGUGGCCCAAAAACCAAAAAAAAAAAAAAAAAGAAAUUUUAGUGAGUUUCAAAAUGACUGUUCUGGCAAGCCUGGAAAAUUAUAAUGAAACAACUAAUUCUAAUGUGAACUAUGAUAACAUGCGUAAUUCCUAUAAUUCAUGAUUAUAGAUUGAUCUAUAAUCUGAAUAUUUGAUCAGGAAAAUCACAAUUUUUUUUUGCUUUAAGUAAACCUACUCGUACAUUUUAUUCUUUCUUUCACAGAGCACCUACUAUAUGGCAAAUAAUAAACUGAAGUGCGUGUAUCUGAUGCCAAUCACUUAGCCACAUCCUUGCCUCCUUGCCCUGUAGAGGUUCAGAACAGAUGCAGCAUGUACUGUUGGUUGGAUGGGAUGAAAAUUGGCAUCUUUCAUCUUUCAUUACUUCCUCUUUCUGAGAACAGGGGAAGAAUUGGAGUAAUUCUUUCCCACACAUAGUAGCGAAUGGUAAAAGACAGUAUCUUGCCCACACCUAAGCAACUUGCAUCCGAUAACUACUCUGUACUUAGAUCACUUAGAUGUCCUCAGAAUGGGGUCUGAAGAUGAGACUGGAAGCCUUUGGUGACUGGGGCAGGGGCUGGGCUGUCCCAGUUGGGAUCAUUGGAACCUUUGCUCAAGGAGAAGUAAGCUGUGUAAGGGCUCAGCAUUUGUGUGGUCAAGAACAGCAUGUCAAGGACAGUGUGUCAAGGACAGACACAUAAGCAGAUAGGAUGCUUGCUUUGCAUGCAGCCAACCCAGAUUCAAUCCCCAGCACCCCGUAUAGUCCCCCAAGGCCUGCCAGAAGUGAUCCCUAAGCACCACCAGAUGUGGCCCCCAAACAAAACAGCAUGUGUUGGCCACACCCAGGAAUUUUAUGAAGGGAGAAGAGAAUUAAAGAACAGGGAACAAUGAGAAUCUCUAUCUCCCAUCUUACUUUUUAGUUCCAAAGACUUUAUAUAAUUAAUACACGAGUUCCAUUUCCCAAAAGAGAACUCAGAACUAAGGGUGUUUAUCCUCAGUGUUCCUGAGUGAUGAAGGAAUUUGUUAUAUUGAUAUCAUAUUUCAGGACUGCAUUUUUUAUUUAAAUUUAGCAGAAAACAUAAGUACUAGAUUUUUUAAAAUAAUACAUUUAAUAUUCAUGAUUAUUUAAGACAGUCCAGAAACUUGGUACGUAAUUCAAGAUUUACACUUUGAAUAAGAAUAGCAAAAUCUAUAUUGUUAUUUGAUAAAGAAAAUUUAAAUACCAGACUUAUUUUUAACAGCAGAAGUCUUCAUUUAGUCUAAAUUCAUUGCCUGAUCAUCUUCUGUAGACAUUUCUGUUCAUGCCAAUCACGUCUUUUUUUUGGUAAUAUUAGUUAUUGCCAAAUAACACUGUAAGUUUUUAACAUAAUAGUGAAUGAUAAGGGACUAGGGAUAUCUCAUUGUGAUCAAAAGUGAGGCUUUGGCUGUUUCAUUUUAAUCGUGAGAAUAUAAGAGGAAUUUCAAACUAUGUCAGUUUGGCUUUAUUAACCUUCAAAUUAUAGAAGGAAUUCAGUUAUUAGGAAAAUAAUGUAGGAAAGAGCAGGCAGCACGAGUAAAAAAAAGCAAACUCAUAAUUAAGUAGCAUUUUUCAUGAAUGGUGCAUCUCAUAGGUACUGAUUUCUUUCCCUGCUGUAUUUUGAAACAGUGAUUUUGUAAGAGCUUUUACUUGUACUUAUUUCAAUAUCAUAGCAAUUUUUCCAUCUGCAUUUUCUUGCUAUUUUAAGAACCUUAAGAGAUUGUUUAUAAAAAUAUACCAGGAUCAAUAAUUUCUUAAACAAUGGUUUAUUUUAGGAAUCUUCAAAUUGUAUUUAAUAAUUACUACAAUGACUGCAAAUCAACCAGGCUUUCUUGUUAGUUCCUGAAAACUAUCCAUAAUAAAGACAAUAAAACCUAGGAAAAAUUGCAUUACUCUUCUGAGGUUUUUAUAUGGACUAUUCUAUGCUUGUCUCUAAGAGACAUUUGAGACAGAGUUAAAUGUCAAUUUGGUGUAGAGAUCAGUGUGUGGCAGUGCACGGGUCACCCAAGAUGCAUGGCGUGUCAUUCAGGUCCCUCUGAUGUUUGCUAGGGUAGACUUAGCCUUGUAGAUACUAAUAUGUUUAUGCGAUCACUGAUUUUGUGUUGUAUACAAAAUGAACGGCUAAAUUUUCACAUUUGACAAGAUUAAAGUAAAAAAUAAACACAUUAAAGUUAUUGGAUUUGCACACAGA